CGUCAAUGUUGUGACACGCAGUCACACUUUUUCAAAUAAUAUUUUUUUUAAUGAUAAAUAUUGUUUGAUAUAUGAUACUGCUGGCUUAUCAACCUCCCGCUUUAAAUUUAUUUCUAAUGACUUUUUGUAUGAGACGUGUCAUUAUAUAAAAGGACGUAUCAAUGUCAUCUCAUGUAUUUUUUAUUCGUUUAAAUUUACCAGUAUAACAAAAGUUUUAACUUAGUGAGUUAACGAUAAUACUAAUUUAAUGACAUUGCUGCUUAAACUAGAAUAAAAAAAAAAAAUUCACAAAUUGCACUAAAAACAAAAAAAAAAAAAAAAAUAUGGCAAAUAAAUGGAAUGUACUGGUGACGGGAGGUGCUGGUUAUAUUGGAUCUCAUACUGUAUUGGAACUUCUUAGAGAGAACUUUCAGGUGGUGGUUAUUGACAAUCUUGGAAAUGCCUACAAAGAAGAUCAAGCUGAUAAACCGGAAUGUAUUUUGAGAGUUGAAAAAUUAGCUAAUAAAAAAGUGAUAUUUGAGGAAAUUGAUAUCACUAAUAAAACUGAUCUUGAAGGUAUUUUUGACAAGUACAGUUUUGAAUGUGUCAUUCACUUUGCUGCAUUAAAAGCAGUUGGUGAAUCAUGCGAAAAACCAUUAGAUUAUUACAAAACAAAUGUUGCUGGUACUCUGAAUUUACUGGAAGUUAUGAAAGUAAAAAAUGUAAAAAAUUUUAUUUAUUCAAGCAGUGCAACAGUAUAUGGUGUACCAGAGAAAUUACCAUUAACUGAAGAAAUGGAAACUGGUAAAUGUACUAAUCCAUAUGGUAAAACAAAAUUUUUUGUUGAAGAAGUAUUAAAAGAUCUUUGUCAAUCUGAUAAGACAUGGUCAGUAAUAUCAUUGAGAUAUUUUAAUCCAGUUGGUGCUCAUCCAUCUGGUGAAAUUGGUGAAGAUCCAAAUGGUGUACCAAAUAAUUUGAUGCCAUUUAUUGCACAAGUUGCUGUUGGUAAACGUGAUAUGCUUUGUGUUUAUGGUGAUGAUUAUGAUACACCAGAUGGUACCGGUGUUCGUGAUUAUAUUCAUAUUGUUGACUUGGCUGAUGGACAUGUCAAGGCAAUUAUUUAUCAGAGUACACACAAUGCCAAAGGUUUUAAAGCAUUAAAUUUAGGAACUGGUAAAGGUUACUCAGUACUUGAAAUUAUUCAUGCAUUUGAAAAAGCAUCAUCUAGAAAAAUACCAUACAAAAUUGUUGGAAGAAGACCUGGUGAUAUUGCAUCAAGUUAUGCUGAUGCUUCUGUUGCCAAUAAGGAGUUUAACUGGUUUGCAUCAAAAAAUAUUGAUGACAUGUGCGCUGAUACAUGGAAUUGGCAACAAAAAAAUCCACAUGGAUUUAAACCGAUAAAUUAAAUUAAUUAAUAUUCCUUUUAAAUAAUAUUGUUACAACUCAGGAAUUUAAAAAAAUUUAAAUAAAAUUAACCAAUUGUAAAUCAUAGAAAAAAAAAACUAAUCUACUGAUUGUGCAAUUUUUUUUUUUUUUUUGUUUUUAUAGAUAUAAAUUAAUUUAAGAGAAGAAAAAAAAAGAAAAUUAUUGUUAUUUACCAAGUUGUAGUUAAUAAUUUUAACUAAUUAUAAUUAUCAUUGUUUUUUUUUUUUUUUUCGUUAAUAGUUAGAUUGCCAAUGAACCAAUUGUAUUUGAAAAAGUGCAAAUUAAUUUUACAAAAAAAGCAAUAAAAUGGUGUAAAUUAAAUAUUAUUUUGAAUUUAAUUAAUAAAUAUUAAAAAAGGUUAUUGAUGUUUAAUAUUUUUAAUUAAUGUUAAUUAUAAAUUAUUUGCAAUAAUUGACUUCAAUCAACAAUAAAAAUAUAAAUUAUUAAA